GCUCAUGUGAUACUGAGUUGUGGUGUUUCGGUGGAUACAAUUCGGCGGAUACAACUUUCGACCACCACAAAAGUGCUGUUUUUGGAUGCUGCCCCAGCGAAAAUGGUUGUGCACGCACUCAAUUCAGAAGGUGAUAUGUUCUCGAGUGUUGGUGAAAUUCCAUUCGAAUGGCGCAUUAAUUCGAUGGCGUCCGCCGAACGUCCACUUCGAAUCGUUCCAUUCUCACAGUCGAAAUAUGAAGCACCUGAUGGAAUACGAGAGCUGGAAGAGAACAAGAAACGAGGAAAUGUGGUACUAGUUGAGGGUGUUUCAACGGGAGCAGCCAACUUGCAGGCUUCAUUGGUCGAACCGUUCUUCAAGGUUGGUUUUUAA